UGAAAUAAUUGUCAAACUUUUGUUAUUACCUUGGACUUGCCUACUCGGGUACAUGAAGUAACAUAAUGGUCGUUUUUCCACUCUACCUGUUCCGUGGACGAAUGGUUUUCAUACAAAAUAAUGAUUUCCAGUAAUCUAUGAGUGCAAUUUGAAAACCAUUUGUUUUUCGUAGUAUAGUAGAGCGGAAAAUGAAAUGUGAUAGAAAAAACUGUGGUUGUAUCAUUACCAAAUAGCAUCAAAAUUGCUAUAAAAUAUAAAAAAAGCGAUUGACGGAGAGUUUUUUUUCAGCCGAAGAAACAUCAGCAUGAAAUUUGGAUUACCUUCGUCACCAUUAAGGCGUCGUAGCUAUUUUUUAGCAUUCAUACUUGUAUUGGUACCAUGUACAAUAUUGUUGUUAGUGAUAGGAACAGUUACGUCUUUAGAUUUUACAGCUGAGCAAUCCAUGGCACAACGAGUAGCUGAAUUUCAGACGCGAAUGCAAUAUCUUGAAUCAAUGUAUCGCGCUAAACAGGAGGAUGUAUCCAUUUUAUCGCAAUACUUAGGAUUGUCAAGUCAAAACGGGGAGACAACGAAUGUAUCCAUAAAUUUCAAUCUUUUGGAAGGUUUAAGUGCGGAUUCACGAGCGAUGAUACGUAAUGCUUCUGCUUCCGUAAAAUUACCGGCCAAUUUGAAAUUACCAACCGCGUUUCAUUUUUUACCACACCUUCUUGACGAUCCUUCAUCGCUGAGACCAGCAUUUCUCCAAACUAAAAAUAAACAGGGUGUUUCAAUCGUUCUUGGCAUACCAACUGUCAAACGCGAUAAACAAUCAUAUCUUCUAGAAACUUUAGACAAUCUGAUUGCUAAUAUGGACGAGGACGAACAAAACGAAACAAUGAUCGUAGUAUUUGUUGGAGAACCAGACAUAGAUUACGUAACGCAAGUCUCGAACAGUAUCAGUUCGAGAUUUCCAUCAUUUAUAGAUAGUGGUUUUAUAGAAAUAAUUGCUCCGGCUGCAAGCUACUAUCCCAAUAUGACACAACUUAGACAGACGUUGAACGACUCUGUAGAACGAGUUCGAUGGCGCUCGAAGCAAAACUUGGACUUUGCUUAUCUUAUGGCCUACACCCAGCCUAAGGGCACAUUUUAUGUCCAACUGGAAGAUGACAUUCUCACGAAAAAAGGAUUUAUCAGUAUUAUUAAAAAUUUUGCUUUGGAGAAGACUGCGAAGAAAGAACAUAAUCAAUGGUUUGUUCUAGAUUUCUGUCAGCUUGGUUUUAUUGGAAAAAUGUUUAAAUCUGCUGAUCUCCCAUGGCUCAUUACUUUCUUUCAAAUGUUCUUUAACGAAAAACCAGUUGAUUGGUUGUUGUAUCACCUAAUAUACACAAAAGUUUGCAGUGUUGAAAAAGAUGCGAAAACAUGUAAGCAGGAAAUGUCGAAACUUUGGAUCCAUUAUAAACCAUCAUUGUUUCAGCAUAUUGGAACGACAUCAUCAUUGAAAGGGAAGGUACAAAAACUCAAGGACAAGCAGUUUGGAAAAAUACCUACCUUUCAUCCUCACAAUAACCCCCCUGCUAUUGUCAAAACAGGAAUUCAGCAUUACAAGUCGUACUCCAUCGCAAAGGCGUACACCGGAGAAAGUUUCUUUUGGGGAUUGAUGCCACAGCCAGGCGAUCUGAUCGAAUUCAAAUUCAAAGAACCAGUUGUUUUAAAAAGGUAUCUAUUUCGAAGUGGUAAUUUUGAACAACCUUCAGAUCGUUUCUAUAAUACUACCGUGGAAGUGUUGCCAUUUAAUUUACCUGAAGAUUCUCCUGUUUGGAGCAAUUACAAUACCACAACUGACGGUUUUCUCAUAAUCGGAAUUUUCAAUGACUUCGGAAUUGCUGAAGGAGUUGUUGAUUCUAAGAUAGGGGAACUAAAAGAACUGCGUUUACACGUUUACAGUGACAGUCAGAACUGGGUCAUAUUACGAGAGAUACUAUUGCAGGACAAUACUGUUCGGUGACGAAAGCGUUAUCGUAUCCUAGUCCAACCAAAUAGCAAUAAUUUAGAUACAAUGCAUGACUCUUCAAAACAUUGUAAAAUAUGUUUGCAGAAAAUUCAGCACGACUUGUCAACCCAUUAUAUAAUAUUGAACAAAACAUAAACAUAUUUUUCCAGUGUACUGUGAGGUAUUAGUUUUUUAGUUUCAGUUUUCGUGAUUUAUACAGAAGUGCUAUUUCAAAGUUACCAUGAUUGUUAAGUGAUUAGGGCAAUGUUAAAUUUGUGACGUACUAUAUGUAAACAUGCGAACAUAAUAUUAUGCAUAAAUGUCAAGUUCCAAGCAACGCUAGCUUAUAUAAAAAAACGAUGUUCUUACUU